CUAGUGAAGGGGUUUGGGGGCAACAGUUGGGGGUUCCCGAAGGGUAAGAUCAAUGAGUCGGAGCCAUACGUGGUGUGCGCCGCCCGGGAGGUCAAGGAGGAGACGGGGUAUGACUGCAGCGACACUAUCAGUGACCAGAUAUACCUCGAGCGCAGUGUCAACGAGAAGACUGUGCGCCUGUAUAUCGUGCGAGACGUGAAAAAGGACUUCCCAUUCGCGCCGUUAGCUCGCAAUGAGAUCAAAGACAUCAAGUGGUUCGCCGUUGCCGACCUCCCGGUGCGCACCUACUCUCAAGAACCGGACCCCAACCAGAAUCCCAACGCUCUGAAAGCCAAUCCCAACCACUUCUACAACGUGUGUCCGUUCGUGAAGCCGUUGCGCCGGUGGGUAUUCAAAGAGCGCCAACAGUCCGGUCGCGAUCAGCGCCGGAAGGACAGGGAUGGCGGCGGUGGCGAUGGCAACAGACAGGCCGGCGGCCAUCAGCACCAGUCGGACCUAUUCUGGGCCAAGAGUUGGGAUAAUAUUAAGUUCGAUUGGGACAACAUCUGGCGUCAGAUCCACUGGGAGUCCAAGACUCUCAAGACAUGA